GUUAAAUGCUUCAAAUUUGGGCUGGUUGGUGAUUAUGACCUCAUGUGUACACUGCCUCAGCCCCCACUGGCAAUCUGAAAAGCUGUAUAAAAGGAGUGGGUACGCAGACCUACUUCAUCUCCUUCUCCUGCAGACUCUCCUCUACAUCAGGAUCACCUCCCCUGCAGAGAAAUGUCCUGCUAUGACCUGUGCCCCACCACCAGCAGCAUUGCCUGCCCCCAGCCCAUCGCCAACAGCUGCAACGAGCCCUGUGUCCGGCAGUGCCCUGACUCCACAGCCGUGGUCCAGCCACCGCCCGUUGUCGUCACCUUCCCCGGCCCCAUCCUCAGCUCCUUCCCCCAGCAAGCCGUGGUGGGCUCCUCCGGAGCACCCGCCUUUGGGGGCUCCCUGGGGUUGGGGGGCCUCUACAGCCCCGGGAGCUCUUAUGGUUACGGGAACUCUUUAGGAUAUGGAGCACAGUACGGUUAUGGGAGCUCAGCCCCCUCCACGCUCAGCAGUGGGUACUGCAGCCCCUUCUCCUCCCGACGCUACAGGCAGCUCCUCCGUGGCAGCUGCGGGCCAUGCUAAAGGCAGAAGAGCAUGGAAGAGUCUUGCAUGAAGACCCAAACGCAGAGCACUGAGGAUGUGGGUUCAGCGCUUCGGCAGCCCUGCAGUGGAGCUGCUGCCACUUAGCAUUUCUAUCUUUCAUCUUCUUUUGGUUUUCCCUUCGGUUUCUAGUUUAUUGUUCACUGUUGGCACCUGUUCCAGCUUUCCCAUUUUUAAAAAACUAUUGUGGGACAGCAUAUGCAAUAUAAGCAUCCCUCGUAAUGGCAACUAUCUUCAUCAGGAGUGGCACAACAGACAGAGGAAAGCCAGCUGAGGACAGCAAUAUUUCUAAACAGGACAUUUGUUGAACAUUCUUUGAAACUGUCUGGAAACAGUUUUUUUGUUUGUUUGUUUUCAUAUUCUGUGAUAUCUUGCUUUGCAAAGGCAUUUGUUUCUCAUUAAAGUUUUGUUGCAUCACA